AUGGCUGCGUCGCUGAGUAGGGACUGCAAAUACACAGUAAGAAGCCUAGAGCUAUUGGAACUGCGAGUGCCAACACACGUGCCCAUCGGCACACGAGCGACCCUCUCCUGCCGUUGGCAACUCGGCCCCACAGACGUGUUGUAUUCCGUCAAAUGGUACAAAGACGGCAAAGAGUUUUUCCGACAUGUACCAGGGAACAGCGAGUCGAGAAGGAAAUACGCUUUGCCGGGAGUCGACGUUGAGGAGUCGAGUCCCAAUGGCGCGAACGUGACGCUGGCUCCGGCAGCGCUGGAGACCGGCGGCCGGUAUCGGUGUGAGGUGUCCGGGGAACGACCCCUGUUCCCCACGGUAUCCGAUCACUCGGACAUGAUCAUUGUUGCGUUACCCGCCUUCGGUCCAGUUAUAACCGGAUCCAGGCUGCGAUAUCACGUCGGAGACCGCGUGCAAGUGAACUGCACGUCAGGUCGGUCGCGCCCAGCCACCCGCCUGGCGUGGUACAUCAAUGGAGAGCCAGCGCCAGCAGCUGCUGUCCUCCCCCCGGAGCACCAUAAGCACGAUGACGGUUUGGAAACCACGAGCCUAGCGCUCGACUUCAAAGUGAAACCAAAGCAUUUUCGGAAGGGAGACCUAAAAUUAAAAUGCCUAGCUACAAUAGCAACAGUAUACUGGAGGAGUAACGAAGAAAGCGUACAAGGAGAAAAAAUGAAGGGGUAUGCGCGUUCGCGAGAGCUCACAGAAAGUUCUAGAGCCGACCGCGUGCAAGCAGCGGGAAACUGCGCACACACCGCCCUCUCCAUAGCAUCAAAUUUAUUAAUACUUACUUUCACAAUUAUGCACCUACCGAUUACAUAGACAACUUGACACGUUAUAUAGUUCUGGUAUCAAUUACAUAUUUCGAGUAUCCAUAUACAAUAUCCUCUGUACUCUUGUAUAGGUUCUAUGCAAUUUUAUUUGUGUCUUUCACUCGUAACCAAUUCCAAAGUUUCGUAGAAUAGUAUUUGCAGUUCAAUAGGCUUGUAAACUUAUUGUACGGAAAUAUUCGAUUGAAUUGCUGAGGAUUCUCUUACAUAUAAUAUUGGUAUUAUUAUUUAAGAAAAUCCUGCAUUAAUUGCAUUGAAAUAAAUUUGAGGAAUACGUAUCUAAAUGAUUAAGAACAUUGUACGAAAUUUUCAAAUUAAGUUUGAAACGUAAUUAAAUUGAAAAUGGUAUUUCGUGGUUGAGGCCAUGAUAACUUGAACACAUAUCAAAAUAUUUAAAUACGACGAGUAUUGUCGAAACAUCUAUUUUUUUGUAAUAUGUCUAUUUAUAACUAGCAAUACAAUAUACACAAUGAUAUUGCGAAAUUGUAAGGCCAAAGAAAAAGAAUUGAGUGGGUGUAUUAAUUAAAUUCUUCUUCAAAAAUGUCAAUUAUUUUUCUCUUUGCUUGGAAAUUAGUUCAAGCCAAUUUUCGUUUUAUAAAUAUAAUCCGUACUCGUUAACCGGUAAAAUAUUAUAAAUAAUAUUUCCAAUAAUUUUUAAAACUAGUCACUUUAUAUUCUUAUAUUAUUUAGUAAGAAAAAAUACAUGUAUACGUCAAUAUAAUUUUUAAACCUUUUUUCAUUUCAUUAGAAAAUUUAACUAUAUCGAUUCAUUAUGAAAUUAUUAUAUUAAAGGGUAACAUAAUGAACAGAGCCAGUUUAAAAUAAAAACUUAAUAUUUUAUAACCUUGUAUUGUCUACAACAUUUUUUUAUACAAAAAGUCGAGGGCGUAAUAAACCAGUAGGUAGAUAAUUAAACAAACAAUAUCUCCAAAAAGCAUUUGUAUUCAUCCAUAAGGAUGAUCGAAAUAAUUCGAUAGUUUUUCCUGAUUUUAAAAUAUACAUUCCUCUUAUGUGUUUAAUAAAUUGGGUUUGCGACAAAAGUUUAUGUUGUAUGUAAAAUACUGUAAUGCAAAGUCGCUAUUUCGGUGCUAUCAUGACACGAUUUAAAAAAGAUUUAAAAUGUCAUGCAUAUUUAAAAGCCUUUAAAGAACGUUAUAAAAAAAGUUAAACAUUUUUAUAUUGUCAAUGAAUGUAAUUUUUCCGGUCAGAAACAAGCUUAAUAAUAAACGUCAAAUUGAAAAAAAAAACGGUUAAAUUCAAUUACUGUCAAUUAAACAUAAAGUGCAGCGUAGAAAAUACUUUUAGAUUUUAAGAUCAAAAACAUUGAAGAAUUGAAAAUUUUGAACCGAGUAGGUAGUCUUUUUUUAGUGGACAGUAUUAUUAUUUUAAUGUAUUGUAACAAAUAACGAUUGUCAAAGAAAUCUUCUAUUCUGUAAAUAUUACAUUUAAGGCAAUGGUAUUAAUUGGAACGAUGAAUCCAUUCAAAGAAUAUCAAAUAUUUAGGAUAAAUUUCUGUACUUAAAUUUGACUCCAAUUUACUGCGAAUGAAGUUCUGUUACAAAGAAAUUACUUGUUAAAUAAUUGAGAUUUUAAUAAAAUUGAUAUUAUGUGAAAUGUUUAAGACGUUAGCUGGCUAUAAUAAAAUUGUGUACUUUUAAAAUAAAUUAGUUUUCGGCUUUGUGAACACACUUAUUGUCAGGUAUGUGAAAUUUAUUAAAAUUGUUCUUACAAUUUGAAACUGUUGCUUAUUGUU